AUGCGGAGUACGAUGGACACCAAGCGCGAGAUAACGGGCAAGAGAGCUCGUUCUCUGGGAGCCGAUUGGCUUCCUGCAUUGUCUUUGAAUCUGCCCAACGUCGAGAGGCGAAGUUCACCAAGCCAUACUGGGAAAUUGAUUGACUGUCAAGAUGGUCUGGUCAAUGAUUCUGCCCGGCAUGAGUUGGUGAUACGUCACCCAAGCUGGUCAAUACCUUGGGUUGCUGGCGGCCGCAUUCUGGGCAUGUUGAAGGGCUCUCUUUCACCCCCAGGUCGGAUCAUCAAUCAACUCUCACUUACGUGGUACUCGGGGGCAACACAAGUGAAUGAAGACAAAAUUUCUCAGCUCUUCACUUCAUCACUCUCUGUCCCAAAACACAUCCUCCACCCACCUCUCUCCAUUGACGUCUUCUACUCAUUCUCAUCUCUGAUUUCUAUUAGGGGAAUCCAUCAAAAUGCCAGAUACAGAUAUGAACCCGAUGUCGAGAUUGACUUCAGCGCUAUUGCGCCUGAAGAGGAGCUGGAACCAGAGCAGUCUACUGUUCUCUCAACGAACAAGAGAGACCUCCAAAAGGAGCUGAGACUUGAAUCGGAAGAAGAUUCUUACUUUUCGAAGCUGGCGAACUUUCCUGAUGUCAAAUUGAUUUGCGACACUGAGCACCCCUUAAGGAGAACCAGCGCUUACCUCUACUUGAGAAAUAACCGGAUGUAUGGAAUUACAGCAGCACGUUUCGUCAGAAGUUUGAAAAAAGCAGACCAGCAAGAUCUAGCGGUCCUGCGGGGGAAACUCCUCGAAAGGUUUAGAGGGGAGGAUGACGCAAACCUCGAGUUAGUCGCGUUAGAGAAGAUCUCAACGUUGACACAAGAGGGUCAGUCACUGAAUAUCUACCUUGAAGAGGCACGGGACAUCUCUUACAUCCUUCCUACUGAAGAAAAAUGGAACACUCUCCUAGCAAGGGGAGUGGUUCUAGGCCUAAAGGAUCCACUCACAGUAUUGACACCCCACUUGAUAGUGUUACGGUCUUGCCAGAUAGCACCAGUGGUCAUAUCAACCUCUCCUGCCCCUCCGAGACCGAGGAAACAAUUUUGCCCUUUUGGCUGGCUGCAAUUUGAGAAGCUUGCUGAUCUCUAA